AUGUUACAACUCUCCCCCACUAAACUGGAUUCGACCUCGAAUCCCAACAAAAAACGUCACAAAGACCACAAACCCGACCUCGCAAGGCCACAACACAGGAGAUCCUCACCUGAUCCCCGAGACUCUCAUCUAAUCUUAUGUCAUAAGCCGUCUCUAGACAUCUUUACUCUUAACUCAUCACCUCAAACCACUUGUACUGGGGCCACUACACCCAGACAAGUCUGCACCUACCCAAACUGGGGCCACUACACCCAGGGGCUUGCCAACCGCUGCUUAUACUGGGGCCACUACACCCAAAUAAGUCAGCCACGACUUAUACUGAGGCCACUACACUCAGAUGAGUCUGCCAGAGAACAGUCUCCAAAACCGUAA